AUGCUGUCGUCGCAGUCUCUGCUAGCGAUAUGCUCGUUGUUGAGCUUAUCGGGUGGAUCUGUAGCAUCUUCACAUUCUGAUGCGGUGAUUCAAAAUGCCAACCAUAUUUUCAAUGUCAUUCAUGACUCGAUGCGCCAAUGGGGAUCCUCGCUGCAUCAUAAUGGUGUUUCGUUCUUCCUGGCCAAUGUGCCAGCAGGUACACAGUUAUACCACGGCACUUCCAAGGCGACUCCGGUAAAUGGCACCGAAUGGCUUGCCUUUGAACCUGAGCAUGCGAUGAUGUUCGCACGGCCGCAUAUGGGUCCGCCUCCUCGACGUCCGGACGAGGGCGAUAAUGACGAGAUAGAUCGUGGACAUCAUGGAGAGCUUCGUCGUCGCCAACCUCAUGCUCCAGGUGGCAGACCACCCGGACCACCACCGCCUCCAUUUGAUGUCUCUGAGGAGAAAGAGGCUGGAUAUCUUCACACCUAUGCCGCUGCGAAGAAUCUCCGUCUGUUAUACAUUGAUGGUAUGUCCGCAGCCAAGACGAAGAAGGGUACACUCGACUCGCAGGAUGUGCUUUUGUUCAACAAUACACUGGAUGACACGCCGAAGGAAGGCCAACGGGGGCCCAUGGGCGAGUUCGAGCGCGCGACUAAGGCAUGCGAGAUGUCAGAGAAUGAGUGGGGUGGCCGCAUCGAUGGUGUGAUCCGCAUGGAGGCUGGCUUUGAGGUUAUUCUGUGUGCUUUCGAGCGUGACUUGACACCCGUGCGAAUCAUUCAGGUCAAGUCAGACUCGGGGGCAGGUGGUCACAAAGAUCGGAUGCAUAACAGACAUGCUGGUCCGAGAAAAGAUCAGGAUGAUGGGAAGAUAAGAAUUCCUCCUGCAGGCCCCGGUGGCCCAGGAGGCCCAAGAGGCCCAGGAAGAGGGCCACCCGGCAUGGACUCUUCUCGCUGGAUGCGUGCAGUGAGUGCCCGGUACAGUGGAAUUGGAGGCGACAGAGUCACCCUCAACUAUGAACACUUUGUGACCGCAUUCGCAUACGACCUGGACCUCUUCCCGGAGAACUUAUCCCUCCCACGCCUGGGACAAGUCCCCAGCACGGAGCUAGACGUUGUCCGCAAGGACUUGACUGCAACAAUCCUGGCCCACAACGCGACCGAGACCACACGAAACUGGCAAGCCAUCACAGACAUGAUCGUGAAGCGGUACAGCGACGAACUCGCCUAUCUAGCCUCCGGCGAGUUCACCGACAUCACGAGCAUGCGCCAGCACAUCGAAACCCUCUUGUCCCCAUUCAUCGACUACAACUCGCGAGACGCCUCGUCCGAGGCCGAACGAUGCGCCACACAGUUCCUGCCCCUGGGGACACAAGACUCGCAUGUGCUCGCGGCGCGAGCUGUGCAUAGCGUUGCACACCGUGUUUGCUCGACUUUGCUGACAGCAGGUACCGAAGAAGACCUCGAGUCUGCGGUGCAGAAAGUUCAGGCUUUAAUUGACUAUUUGGACUGGACGAGCUGGAAGGAGUGCCGUGGCUGUGAGAACCAUGAGAUCUGCGUGGUGCCGAUCUGGCCCAUGGGCUCGGUGGCUGAUUAUGAGAAACCAACGUGUCGAGAGGCCUCGAGCCCGUAUGAUCAGGAUGGGGAGAGUUACUGGGGUGGAAUCCACCCUUGA